ACAAUAACAAAGUGCAAAAACAUAAAUUGCAGUUCUCAAAAGAAGUCAACGCCUUGCUUAAAUUCGACGUGCGAGAAGAAGAUUGACUGUGAAUGUGAAAACUGGAAAGCAGAAGAAAAAACCUGGCCUUGUUGGUUAGAUAGAUAGACAAAAGCUCAGCUGCUGGGUGCAACAAAAUCGAUAAACGGCAAUGGGGGCCGAGCACUCGCAUCAGCGCGUCGAGGCUGAUGGCCAUGAGAUCUUCGAGAGACGCGACCCGACGCUGGCCAUGGGUCAAGGCUCCACUUCAGCAUCCACGGUGCGUAUGAGCGAUGGCAGCGCCAUGGCACUUGCAGCUGCUGCCGCUGCAGCCACAAACAAACGUCGUGGUGGUGGCAUGCAACAGCGACAACAACAACAACAGCAGCAACAACAACAACAGCAAAUGCUGCCCAAUGGACCUGCUAGUAUUGUGAUUGCCAGUAAACAGAUCAUAUCGGACACUGCCUCGCCAACCAGCUCCGAGUUGAGUCGCCCACCGUCGCCACCAUUGAGUGUGUGCUCGGAUCUGCCUUAUGUCUCGUAUACGGAUCGUCCCAUUGGGGACUCGCCCAAGAUACGCAACCGGCCCGCCCACAUGCUGCAGCAGAGCAGCGUCAGUCGGUCCGCUGCACGCAAAUCUCAUCCUGGCGGCAUUACCACAAGCAUCAAGCCGAAGCGUCCACAGUCGACGGCCUCGAGUCACAACAUUGUGAUUGUCAAGCCGGGCACACGUGAUAUCCACGAUGAUAUCGAUCCGGAUUUGGCGCGUCUGCGCAACAUACCACAGUUUCUGCCUGUGCUGCGGGAAUCCAUCAGCUCGGCGACAUAUACACGUGAUGCGGAAAUCUUGGAGCGUCUGCAUUCCCAGCAUAUGCUCAACAUUUGUGGACGCAUGCAGACGCAUUUGAAUCUGUGCGCCAAUCAUGUGGCCAGCGAACAGAAUCAUCUCGUGGAACGCACCAAGGUGGUCAGCAACUCCAUAACGACGCUCUUCGCCAAGUUCGUGGACAUGCAGAAGACGUAUGCCUCAUAUGCGGAACAAUUUGCCAAAAUCCGUGGUGUCUCGCAGCAAUUGAGUCGCUGCAAUUCAUUGCUGCACGAGAACAUUGCCAGCUUGGAGGCAAUCAAUAACUUUCUGGAUGAUGAGGAUCGAUUGGAGCCGUUCGUCUGGCGCACCGAUGACAACAAGCUGCGUGGCGAGGCGGAAGGUGCCGCCGGAGGCAACAGCAGUCGACUGUGGCGCCUCUAAGCCUAUCUCUCUAUCGCUUUCAUAGUUACUCCAUUUGUUAUUAUAGUCCAACUCGCAACUCUAUUCAUGUAUUUAUUGUGUAUAUUACUUAUUUAUAUAUAUAUAUAUUUAUAUUAACUAGCUAAUUGCCCAUGUUUAAUAUCAUUUGUUGUAGCUAGGAUAUAGAUACAUAUAUAUAUAUAUAAUAUCUGAUAAGCUGAUCUCGUUGAGGCAUCCACUCCAUAGCUAAUUGGAACUGCAAUUACAUUUACAUAAAUGUGUAAUAUAUUUAACAAUUUGUAUUGUAUGCGUAUUCUCAAAUAAUUCGAUGCUAAUCUUAACUCUUGUAAAACACUUAUGAUGUUCGGAAAGUUUAAUUAAGAUCGAUUAAUAAAUAGAUAUGAUAUUCAAGGUUAAACAUUGAUGCUAAAA